GAACUAUCCUGCGCUGUGCUUAGUUUUGGUGGGACACUUACUGAGUGAACUCCAGGGGCUUGACCUUUGAAGUGCUUCCUGUCUGGCUGUGUGGCUUCCCCUCCAGCAGCAGACUGUGGAGACUGAAUGCUCGGAGCUGUCAACAUGUUUCUGACGAGGCUGUGUGCUCCUCUGAUACCGCGGUGUGUAUGCCCCCUGGUCACGCGGACAGUGUCCCCGCUCCACACUCACACAGCUCAGCUGGACUCGAACAGGACGUCCGUGGUGCGCUGUGGUCGGCAGAGGUAUGAGAGGCUGUACCCGGUGAUGCUGGUCCGCCCUGACGGCUCCACAGUCAACAUCAGAUACAGAGAACCCAGACGCAUCCUCAUGAUGCCAGUCAAUCUGUCCACUCUGUCUGAAGAGGAGCGCCGAGCCCGACAGAAAAAGAGGGAAGUGAAGAAGCUGAGAAAAGAGACGCCGGUCCACUAUGAAGACGAUUUCGAAGCUGACAAAUAUAGCCAAUUCUGGAAGAAGAAGUGAACUUUUAUACUGUGAACCACGGCUGAGGCAACAACCCUAAAAAUCCAACUCUCACUUAAAGCUUCCAUGUGUCCCUAUACAGUGUGUUUAAAUUUAGUUUCAUUUUCAUUCCAGUAAAGGGAUUCCUCCGGAAGAUUCCAACAGGAUACUGAAACCCAGUGUAAUGAUGUUUUUAUGGCACGAUAAAUUCUGCUAUUGAGUUUUACUGUGACCAUAGAUUUCUUCUUAAAAAUAUAAAACAACAUUUUGAAGCUGAAAACUCAAGCAUUGAUAAGUAAAUAAAUCAUUUAAAGCUGAGUAUCCAUUUGAUGCAAACUUGGUGGAAUUAUUGGGGCCUGCUCGUGGCCUGGCCAGUGCCUGAACAACUAACGGCCUGCGGGCCUGAUGCGGCCCUUCUGAGUUUUCAUAUUGCCCCCAAGACUCUGGCGGAUAUGUGUGUGUAUGUGUGUUAUAUUAAAACUAAGGUCUUACUCUUUGCAGACAGAUCCGCUCCCUGAUUUUCUCUUCCUGGAGCUGCAUAUGUGUGCAUACACACACUCACAGAUGGUGUGAUCACAACAAACACUUCGCUGUUUAAGUUAAAAGCGAAUAUUUAAGAAAAAGCUGGAAUAAAAGCUGUCUGUAGGCCGAAUGAUGAUGUUAGUUUGUCAUAAAUCUGGUUAAACUCUUAUAAACUUGUAUAAUGUAUGAGACAAACCAGCCCCUCCCCUCUUAAUGUCUAACUGUGGUACCUACUGACAGAGACACAGCAAAGACAUAUUGCUCCUCUACAAACUAUUUAAUUGUCAUGGCAAGUUCUCUAAAUCAUGUUUUAUAAAGCUAAUAUAAUAUAAUGUAGCUUCCGUCAAUAACACAGGAUCCAUACAUUUAUCUCAAGAAUAGGUUUUAUUCAUGGUUUUACAUUUGUGAAUUAUCUUGUCUCUUUGCUGUCUUAUGCUGUGUGAAACAAAGUGAAUGAUCAUUCUUUAAUUUCAAAUUUCCCUAUUAAAUAAUCCCAUGACAUAUUAACAAUUGGGUAAAAAACUAAAUAAAAUGUGCAAUAUUUAGGCAAA